AUGCGUCGCCCACAUGUAAUUUCCAGGUUGGCGCGGCAGCCCCUUCCCCACCAGGGUUUCACCGCGGCGUUGCUCGGCGGAGCGAUAAGGCAGGCGGUGUGUGGGCGGGCGAUGGGGGACGCGGCGGAGCAGAUGGGGGUGGCACGGUGGGAUUGUUGCUCCGCCUCUGCGUCCGCCACUCCGCGACCCUCACGCCACCCCGCGGAGUCAGGAACACCGACGCCGCUUUGCUCAUCGCGUCUCGCCCCUUCAUACACCACGCCUUCCCCGCCUGCCGCCAAGUCCUGCUGCUGCCGCCACCCACUGCGCUCGCCCUCUCUCGCUCACCCACUACGAGAGCAACGACGGCGCGUGUGGCACGGCGAGAGCGCGGUAGUGCGAGAGGGCGCGAGGAGCGGCGAGAGCGUGAUGGAGGACGCGAGUGACGCACGCGUUGGAAGAGGCAUGGCUUGGAGCGAGGAGCGAGACGAGUGGGCGAUGUCAGGGAGCGAGGGCGAGGGCGAUGCGAUGCGGCGAAUGGGGCAGCUGGCCCUGGCGGACGUGACGCGCCUGCUGCUGGACGGCGAUGAGGGCGACGCGCGUGAGGGAGAGGCGGGUGACAUGGGGGGAGGGAACAGCGCAGGAGGAGCAGUUGAGGGCGGCGAGGGGAGGAAGGAAGGCGGGCAGUGGACUGUGGAGGAAGGCGAGGCACGUGAUGGAGGAGGCAAGGCACGUGAUGGAGGAGGCGAGGCACGUGAUGGAGGAGGCGGGAGCUGCAGGCUAGGCGAACAGGGAAAGCAGGGCGAGCAGGCAGAAUGGGCGGGUGGGAGCACAGCUUGGCCGGCAGCAGCGACAGCACCCAGUGACAGCAAGGGCGUGGCAGGCGGGAAUGAUCCGGCUGCUCUCGGUGCUGUUAGUCGCGAAGCAGCCAGCAACGUGUGUGCCGAUUCAUUCAGUCCCUCUACCGCCCCUGCUACCCCUGCUGCCUCUUCUGCCCCUACUGCCGCGGAUCCAGACCUUGCUGCCGCUGCCACGAGUGCCACUGCUCUCGCUGUUGCUGCUGAUGCUGCCCGCGGGGACAACCAAGCUACUGCGGAAGCCACUGUGGCAGGCACAGGGCGCCGUGGUGCAGCGGUGGAGGGCAUGGCAGCAGAAGGGGGGGCGGAUGACUGGCUGCAUCUGCUGCACGACGACGCCCACUGGGACCUGCUCCCCGCCUUCUCCCUGCCGCCCCUCUCCCUCCCUCCCCUGCAUCUGCCCGCCUGCCCUUCCAUGCACGCCGCUCCACCGCACCCUACCGUCCACAACCGCAUGGUGGCAGACCUCUCUCAGAUCGGCUCGUCCGGCGACCUGCUCGACGCCGCAGGGGACGCCCCCGUGCUGCCCGCCAGCCCUGCCCUCGGCGGCACACUGUGCUGCAGCCCCGACGGCGCUGCGUGUGGGUCGGGCGUGUGGCACACGUUGGGGGCGCGCCUGGGCUCUGGGCUGCCCAGCGACGGCAGCGGCAGUCUGCACCCUCCUUCGAUUCUCUCCUUUGCCAUUGUUCUUUUCCCUAACCUUGUCGACAUACCUGCCGCCAUCCCCUUGGCGGCCAUCUGCACACUCUUCUGCGGCCACUGCUCCGCGCUCCUCGCGCUGCCCUCCACCGGCCUGCCCACCAUCACUCGCACGCGCUGCUCUCGCGCGCUCACACCACCUCAUGGCGCCGGGGUGCACGUGGCAGCUGCCGCUGCUGGCGGGGGGGCGAGGGGGGCCCACAGAGGUGCGCUCAGCAGUGGCGCGCCGCCAGGGGCGCUCGCCCCGCUGGCUGGUGGGCGCACUGUGCACGCGUGUGGUGGUGAGGCGGUGGCAGCGCCGGUGGACUCCGUUGACCGCACGUGGCGCGACGGCAGCCCCACACCCACAGCGGGCGACAGCGCCAGGCUGGCACGCACGCCACGCCGCGUGCUGCCUGCUGUGCUCCGCAGGGCGGUAGCAUUGGUGGGGAGUGGCAAGCGGGGCCAGGUGGCUGCUGCUGGGGAGAUGGGGCUGCAGGAGGGCAUGCACCAUGAGACCCCCCCUCUUUCCGUUCUAUGUCGACUCCCUUCCAGUCGUUCUCAUCGGCCCCUCGUCCAAUCCCCCCUGCAGCCACUCCCCCCGCGUCUGCACCUGCCCGCUGCGCCCCGCUGUGCGACCGGCCUACUGCACCCCUCCCUGCCGCUCACGACGGCCCACCUCACUGUCGCUGCUGACUCGCCAGAGGCGGCACCGGGCAGCGAUGGAGGGGUUGGCGGGGCGGGGAGUGCGGCGGACAGCAAGAGGGCGCAGCGGGCGCUGAGGAAGCGCAAGCGAGCCGCCACUCUCACUGGUACGCCCGCCCACUACUCUUGCUCGUGCCUCUUUCUCCCCUCUGCACGUUCCAGCAGCUCGUGUUCACUCUCCCUCGCUGCAUGCCCGGCACGUGUACCCAUUCAUCGCAUGGCAUGUGCACCCUCUCAUGGCAUGGCAGGGUCGAAAGCAGUGGCAAGGGAGGGGUCAGAGGAGGUGGCUGAUGGCAGCAGGGAGGAGGAGAGCUGCAAGGGGGGAGAGCAGAGGGGUGGCAAGGCAAUCAGCAAGGCAGCAGGGAGAGAGGGAGGAGCCCCUGUGAAGAGGCAUCGCAAGGCGUCCACCUACAACCUCUUCAUCAGGGAUGAGAUGAUGCGGCUGCGCGCGGGCAACCCGGACAUGGACCAUCGCGAGGCCUUCAAGGAGGCCGCCAGGCGGUGGGGCAGUGCAGCAGAGAACGUGCGCGGCUCACAUGCGCUGGCAGCAGCAGCCAAGGCCAGGGCGCUGCUGCUCUACCCCAUGCACGCCCCCCCCAUGCACGCGCCCCCCACACCCUGCUCACUGCUCCCGCCCACUGCUGCUGCCGCUACUGCAGCUUCUCUGCCUGGCGCACAGGUGGGAGCAGCGGUGGUGGGUGGGGGGGUGGUGGGGCAGCAGCGGGUGCGGGUGGAGGGGCAGGGAGGCUGCGAGCGGGGCGAGGCGCAUGUUGGCAGUGCGGGCUUGGUGGCCGGGGUGCGUGGUGGUGGCAGGGAAGGGCGGUGGGUGGUGCGGGGUGAGGAAGAGACAGGCCGGGCAGGGGUAGGUGAGGUGGCAGCAGCAGCAGAGAGGGUGGUGGGGGUGUGGUGGGGCGCUGGCUGUGGCGUGGACAGGGGGGCACGCAGUGAUGGGUGGGAGGAGGGCGGCCAUGUUGAUGGAUUGGGAUGUGUGCCCCUGGAGAUGGGGAGGGGGAGGAAUGGAGGCGGUUUGAGCAAUAUGGUGGGUGAGAGACAUAUGCAGGUAGGCGGGUGGCACAUGGAGCAGAGGGAGGAGCAGGCAGGGGGUAUGGUGCAUGGGCUGGCAGGCGAGGCAGCAGCAGCCUAUCCCCUGGAGCAGCACGUGUGGGAGGUGGAGCGCAGUGAGCAGCAGCAGGCGCCACAGGUGCUGCACAGCGAUGCGUACCGACGGCUGGCUGCAGGCAUCAGCAGCAAGCUCAUGUCAUCCGCACUUCCAACAAACACGUGA